AUGCUUGAAGUGAGCAUCUCGAGUCCGACCUGCAUCGAUUCGGUGUCCGAGUCCUUCGGCGUCCGAUCCAUAGCCUGGGACCCCAACACUGGCUUCGCCCUGAACGGCGUUCCGACAAAGAUCCUCGGCGCAGCGAACCACCAGGACUUCGCAGCUGUGGGCGUGGCCGUUCCGGAUCAGUUGCAGGUCCAUCGCUUGAGGAAACUCCGAGAGUUCGGCGCGAACGGCUGGCGCACCGCGCACAAUCCACACAACGAGGCUCUGCUCCGGGCGGCCGACAGCGAGGGUUUUCUGGUUUGGGCGGAGAACCACCGCAACGGCCAGGAUGCGGAGAUGGAGGCGAUGAUCAGACGUGACAGAAACCAUCCCAGCAUCGUGAUCUGGUCAAUUUGCAAUGAGGCUCUUUGCAACUCGGACAGCGUCGUCGCCGAUGCGCUGCGUCUCAAGGCCAUAGCACAUCGCCUGGAUCCGUUGAUGGGACGACCGGUUUCUGCGAACUACAACGAUUUCAACCGCAAGGACACGCCAAUGGACGUAAUGGGUUUCGACUACGGCCCAGAGAUGUACGAUCGAUGGCAUGCGGCUGCGCCCAAGGUGCCAGCCAUCAGCAGUGAGACUUCGUCAGCCUACUCAGACAGAGGCCUUGUGGCAAACGACCCAGUGGCUGGCCACGUCCGCGACUACGAUACCGAGCAUCCGGGCUGGGGGGAGACUUCCCAGGUGGCCUGGCAAAACAUCCUGAACCGCUCCUUCGUGGCUGGCGGCUUCACUUGGACAGGAUGGGACUACCGAGGCGAGCCUACGCCCUACCAGUGGCCGGAUGUGAAUUCUCACUUUGGCAUCCUAGACAUGGCUGGCUUCUGGAAGCACCGGGCUUUCUACUACCAGGCUUGCUGGACGCCACCCAGCGAAAAGUACAUUGUCCAUCUGCUCCCUCAUUGGAACUGGGAGGAGGACAGCUGCAGCGGCACCUGUCGGAAAGUCGGCUCCAGCGGCGCAAUGCUCGUGACG